AUGAAGUUCUCCCUCGUGUCUGUCCUCGCCGGCUCGGCUCUGGCUUCGGCGAGCUGGGUCAAGAACCUGAACUACCGCUCACCCUCAGAGAACCACCCGGGCAUGGGAAUCGCUCUGCACAAGGUCAACAAGAGAAACACUCCAGACAAGCAGUUCACCGCCGACCAGCUCAACUUCACCCACGGCAUUGCUUCGGGAGAUCCAUACCCUGACUCCGUCAUCCUCUGGACGAGAGUCGCUCCCGCAGGACCACCCAACGGCAGCAACGCUUCUGUCAGCGGCUACGUCCCUCUCUACAAUCACGGACCCGUGCAGGUGUCCACAGCACCAGUCUGCGUGCAGUUCAAGGUCGCCAGGACCCCAGACUUCAAAGAGGUUGAGAGCAGCGGCACGGCAUACACCUCCAGCGACAUCGACUACACCGUCAAGGUCGAGGCGAGCAACUUGACCGCAUGGACGAGGUACUACUACCAGUUCAACAUCUGCAACUCCAACAAGACGAGCCCGCUCGGCCGCACCAAGACCACUCCCGCCGAGAACGACUACGUCGCAAAGGUUGGCCUGGCCAUCUACUCCUGCUCCAACUACCCAUUUGGAUUCUUCAACGCUUUCGGCAACUCGGUCCGCAAGAACAGCGUGGACUUUGUUGUUCAUCUUGGAGAUUACAUUUAUGAAUAUGCAGGUGAUGGUGACUAUGGAUACGGCUACAGCAUCAACCGUAUUCCUAAGCCAGAACGUAUCAUCUAUACUCUGUUGGACUACCGCGAGCGAAUUGCUACCUACCGUACUGAUCAGGACCUGCUGCUGUCCCAUCAGACGUACCCCUGGAUCCAGGUCUGGGACGACCAUGAGGUCUCUGACAACACCUACAGAGACGGUGCCUCCGAGCUCAACAACACUGAGGCCUCGUUCGUCAUGGAUGGUGGUGUUUCUGUUGAUCAGCGCAAGAUGAACGCCGUUCGUGCCUACUUCGAGUGGAUGCCAAUUCGUCAGUCUAAGGUGGAAAUGGACGACAACCUUAGAAUCUGGCGCAACUUCAAGAUCGGCUCGCUGUUCGACCUGAUCAUGCUCGACACCCGCCAGUACGACCGCUCGAUCACCGAUCUCUACUGGAACACCGACUACAUCCACCAAAUCUCCAACGACGCCGGACGCUCCCUCAUGGGCAGCCGUCAAGAGAACUGGUUCUACAACACCCUCGGUGAGUCCUCCACCCGUGGUGCUCGCUGGAGGAUCAUCGGCUCGCAGACCGUUUUCUCCAAGGUCAACGAGUCGGUCAGCUACGGCAACACCAACCCUCUUGACUACGAUGCCUGGGACGGAUACCAGGCCAACCGCAACCGUACCCUCGACUACCUGACCAAGAACAACAUUGGCAACAACAUUGUCAUUUCCGGUGACAGCCACGCUUCGUGGGUUUCUGACCUCGUCUGGCUCGACCACUCCAACUACUCCGUCUCAAGCGGCGCCGGCGGCCUCGGCGUCGAAUUCGCCGGCUCAGCCGUCUCCUCCCCCUGCCCCUACGGCGCCAACAUCACCAUCAACUCGGCCAACAACUACUCCAACUGGCUCGAAGCCAACAACCCGGAACUCCACUGGAACGACCUCUACUACCGCGGCUACUUCGAGCUCCAACUCUCCUACGACGAGGUCAACGCCUCCUUCUUCGGCCUGCCAUCCCUCCUCACCCGCAACCCGUACGAGAUCUCCCUCGCCAACUUCACCGUCAAGAGCGGGGAGAACCGCUUGCAGCGCCCGAUAGCGAGCGGGAUUGCGGAGAGUGGCAGUUUGAAGGGCGGGCAGGUGCAGCAGACGAAUGCGACGAAUAAUACGCAGACCGGGGAGUGGAUCGUGAGUCAUUUUAACAUGUCGGUUACCUAG